UAGUGGACUUCUCUGCUUUCAGACGUAAUUAAGAAGGAAUACGCAUUGGAGCCGAGAUCUGUUUGCUGUGUUUGGAUCACUUUUUGAGACGGGCGGAAAGUGUGUGAUGCGUCCUAGCUUGUAAAAGAAGCGAGAACUUGCCUUGCAGUCGGAGUAGUUCUUCUUUCAAUUGUUAUUGUCGCUUUAAAAAUCUUCAAUUCACUCAAACUUUGUUACGACCGCAUCGAAAGUGGGAGAAAAGUGAUUUUGUAUCCGGAACAUGGAACUACAGGGCCUACAGGAGGCGUUGAAAGUAGAAAUCCAGUGUCAUCAGAAUCAGACGAUAUGCAAAAGCCUCAAUGAACUCCAGAAUGGACAGAAGCUGGCGGUCCGGACCUGUCCUGUUGGGACAACCAAGCCCCUGUCCCUCAUCAAGAGCUCCGGCCAGGGCAUCGCCAUCUCUGUGGUGCCAGCCAAAACCCCUGUCUCUAUGGUUACAGCACACAUAAACGGACAAAAAGUGCCAAGUUCUGAAUCACUGCAGACAUCCCCCAUCAACCUCCAAACCAGUAGCCGAGUGGUGGCUGCAAGUGUCCACUCGCUGAGCAGCAGGAGAGCCACAGAGCUGCCUCCAUCCCAGAUGUUGGGGACUCUCACUGCUGUGCCUAUCAAGGUGCCUCAAGUCAGCUCUUUGCAUCGGCUGGCAGGACAAGCCACUACAGUGUUACCUCAGGUCAGGCCAAAGACCCAGAUCCCAGACAGCCUUCCUCACAGUGGUCCCUGCCAGGAGCUACAACCACUCAGCCUGCAGAAGGCAACCGCAGUGGUCAGUCCCAGGAGCCAGGGCCCUACGCUCCCCACACUCCCCACCGCCAACAGCACGCUGAGCCCAGACCAGCAGCCAGAGAGGCAGGGGGCCGCCUCCCCCCCUCGGCCUACUGUCCACUGCCUCACCGGGGCACUGGAGUCCAGCAGUCCUGUGCAGCAUGCUUCAGCAGGUCCUGGUGUAGCGUAUGCCAUCAUAGCUGCAUCUCCUGCCGCCACCAACGGAGUGUCAGGUGUCAACGAGGCCGUCAAAGUCAUAAUAAUACAGUCACAGGUGCCCAACAGCACUGAGGGGUCCCCCAGAGACCAAGCUGAGUUUCCCUCACAGGACGAUGUGCCCUCCCCCAAGUCCCCUUCCAAAAAGAAAGAUGAGGAUCCAGAAAAAGUUGCCUUCAUGGUGGCUCUUGGCCUUGUUACCACAGAUCACCUGGAAGAAAUCCAGUUGAAGAGGCAAGAGAGGAAGAGACGAAGCACAGCAAACCCAGCAUACAGUGGCUUGUUUGAACCAGAGCGUAAGCGACUGGCGUCCCAUUACCUGAACAGCUCUCUCUACCUGACGGCACGAGACUCUGAGGACUUCUGCUGGAAGGAUGACUUGGAGCAUGAUGAACUGUGUGCUGUCUGUAAAGAAGACGGCGAGAUGCAGCCCUGCCAUAACUGCCCCCGAGUUUUUCACCCUAACUGUCUCCACCCUCCACUGAAAACCCCUCCCAGAGGCCCCUGGUACUGCCCCAAGUGCCAAAAGAAGGUACUGAACAAAGAAAACUUAUCAUGGCCGCAAAACUUUGUCCAGUCGUACGUUACACACAAAACAGUGAGGCAGGAGGAGAAGAGGAGACUGCUGAGGAGGAACAAUGAGCUGAAGAAAGAGUGUGCUCAUCUGGAGGAGGAAGACAAGAAGCUCAACAAGACCCUCGAGAAAUGCAUGGACAUGAGGGAGCGGCUGCUGGAGCAGCAGAGGGACACUCGGGCUUCUCUGGAUCGCAUCAAGUCUCUCCUCAGACUCAUCCAGCGCGACCAGGUCAUCCAGGUCACCAUGACAACCACCACCACCCUUGGAGCCUCGCUGCUGUCCCAGGCCUGGAUGAAACCCACCAGCACCGCCAUGACCAGCCCUUUGGCUACCCAGAAGAGCCACGCUCAGAGCCAGGACAACAACUAGCCCCUCCUGAGGAGCUUUGUCCAGAUCAUAAAAGCGACAAAAACUGACGAUAGCUUGGAUUCGAAGUAUUUUUUAAAACAGUCACCUACAGUGCUUAUGAGAUUUCUUUUUUAAGUUAUUUUGUAUUUAUUAAUGUUCUUGGCCUUAAUGUAAUUAAUAUCAGAAGAUAGAUUUGAAUGCUGCAGCAGAGUUCUAGAGAGGCUUCUGCGCGGCCUAAAGAUAUGUCCCUUUUUUAAAACACAGGUCUAAUUACUGUUACUGUUGAAUAUAGUGAGAGAGAACCGUAGAGUUAGUUAUAGUGCCAGAAACAAAGGAGCAAUGAAGGACUGUACAGUGCUAUAUUCAAGUAGAUGUUCUCAUUCUCCUAUGAAGGUUUUUGCCAUACAAGUUCAGGAUUUCAUUAUGUUUAUAAAUGCAUAUGAGCCUUCAAACAAAACAAAGAAAUAACUUUUUCAGUAUUAAAUAUAGUUAAAGAAAAGUAUUUAAGAGAAGACUACAUAAAUUAGCAUUUCUAGUGAAAAUGUUAGCAUUUUCACGCUUGCCUAUUGAUACAAAUGUUUGGAGUAUUCAAGGCGAUCACUGUACAUAUGUUUUAAAACAUCGUCAUCGGGCUUUGUUUCAGAGAUUUUUCUGGCGAUAAAGUCACAGGGUCCCUGCUGGGCUGUUUGCUUGAAAUGAAACACAAACGCAAAUAGGAAGUACUGACAAAGAAAUAAAAAAGUUGAGCAACAUACAUAUACAUACUUUACUAGUCAAAGCAUUUGGAUUUUGUAUUUAACACCAAUUUGAUUACUGUAUAUGUUUAACCAAUGGCAUCA